AUGGGACCAAAACCUGAGCUCUGUUUCGAACCCAAACACAUUUUGGCAAAGAGAAAUUCAGGGGAAAUUAAUGAAGAAUAUAUCAUAGUUGGUGGACACAAAUUCAAAAGAACAAUGGAUCAAGUUGAAGCAAUGAUAUUUCGCCAGGAGUUUGAGAGACCGGAUAAUACACACGACGCCGACGUUAUACUUGUGCAAGAUAUCAAAAAUCUUGUAUUAUUUCUGGCUCCUACACAAAUGACCACCAAACCCUUUGUUAGCUUUCUGAAUACUGAAUCUGUUCACUCCCUGUUGAAAGCGUUAAUCAUAUAUUUCGAAUACUUCCUGAAAGUACUGCAGUUCAUAUUGAUUCGCAGAGAAGAAAUGAUGGGCGAGAAGGCACGAAUGCAGAAUCAGGACAGCAUUGAGAUCAAACGUAUAUUUUCAGCGAAUAUAUCUCAACACCGUCUACUGCUGGCUAGGGAGUACAGUCGAAUACUGUUGGGAAAUGGCGAUAUGAAGAAGUUUUACCAUAUGAAACCCGUGGUUAAUAUUUCACUGUCAACAAAAGAUCAACAAUUUCACGAGAGCUUUCUAGCUUUUUGUACAGUCCUUGUGUGGAUUGCUACAGAGAGACGAAGUUUAACCGUUAUAAAUUGGGAAAUAGAUCGUCUGUUUAGAUCUGAACACUUUGCAUUGGUUCAUUGCAAUCUGGGUUUGUCAAAUGUUGAAGCCCGUUUAUUAUAUGGCAAGCAUUAUAAACGUUGCAAUUAUCGGGCUCAAAGUUCCCCAUUAAUACAAGAACUUGCCAAUGUCGAAAGUCAAAAUCUUCCUCUACUUUGGGUAGGGGAAAGAAAAUAUCGUGGCUAUGAUAUUCGUAUUGCAGAAAUCGAAUUGGAGUAUAUCGUGCCAUCUUCUCAGUUGUGUCUAAUCGACGUCAGUCACGGAAUAUUGGGUCGACCCAAAAAACUUUACGACACAAUGUUGCAUAUUAAAUGGGAGGCAGUGCACAAGGAAAACUACAACGAACACUACGAUCCGUAUCGUAUUAUACGCCAAACGUAUUUGAAUAUUCCGCAGAUGGAUGCCGAAAAAAGAAGAAAAUAUUGUCAAACAUAUGAAUCGUAUUAUCAAUUGAAAUAUUUCAACGAACUUUGGCCAAAAAAUAUGAUUGAAAAAUGGAUUAAACGAAACUCGGUGAUCGGGUAUUUCAAAACGGAUGGAAUGCUCACAGAUAUUCGGAUGAAAUGCAAUAAGGAACUGGAAAACAAUUCCUAUGGCCGAACUGUUGAAGAAAUUAUAGAAGAUUUUUUGUCACGAAAGGAGAAAUUGCGAAAGAAAUAA